AUGGCCUCCCUUUUUGAUCUGCGAGGCCACCUUGAAUCUUGUUUACGUCAAGACUUGACAAUGAGUCAAACGCCGAGUGCUCAGGCCUUCAGACAGCCACCUCUGGUCUUCACGGGUGCUGUUUUAUUCCAAACUAGGAAUCGCCUCGGCUCCGCCGUUCAUCCGCACUGCAGGCGGACACUGCUACCGGUGCUGGCCAAUCGUAGGCCAGGAACUAGCAAGAUGUCCUGCUUGAAUGCCCUCAGACAUGGACACUUUGUGCAUUCGCGAUAA